AUGGGGCAGUUGGCUUUUCUGACCGGGCACCGCUUGAUCGGCGUCAAGUCCAGACGGGUACUAGACUCCUCAUGGUUUGAGGGAAGACGGAAUUCUAUUUUUGGCUAUCUGUAUAUAGAUGAACGACUAGGCCAGCCGCGACCGAGAUGCUUUUCCCACUGCUCACCACCGCCAUCACCACCACCGGCCUAUGAUCGCAACGACCUUCACUCCGGCAUGCCGAGGUACGGCCUCAAGUCAGCAGCUCCCCCUUUCCCUGCCGCCCGGGCCCCUGAAUCCCAAACGCACCCACCAUGGAGUUCCCGCGCUCUGGAGCUCCAAUCCGCCCGCAUUCGAAACACCCGUGCUGAUGAUUUGAUUGGACGACCCUUUGCGGAUGUCCCCGUUCCAGGACGUGAGAUGAGCAUCGGACAUCACCUAGACGAUCAUACACUGGCAGUUCCCGGGGGGGUCUCGUUGGCACGGCGGGUCGGCACUGAGGGUGAGAUUCAACGGCCGCGGCAAAGCCGGUGCGGUACGUCCGGGUGA